ACUACUACCAGUCCACAUUUGGUUCUUGAAGGGAGAGGAUUGGAUUGCUUUUUUAGACGCCUGACUUGCUUGCACUGCUGCAUGCUAUCAGUCCAAAUCAAGCACAAGAUCACAUUAAAUUCCAUUGUCUCACAGUAUCAACCCGUGUUUUUGUUUUGUUAUUUCUUGUGUUUAAUAAGUGGUGUUCAAUACAUAGAUAAAUCCGGUCUUGUAAAAGUACCUCAAUCAAACAAGAGAAAGUCGUCUGUCUUACAUAUUUUUGCCGGAAAUCGUGUUCUUUUUUUAGUUCUUCUAAUUAUUGGAAGUGUGUGAAUUGUCGUUGGAAGUCGGAGUAUAAAUAAAAAUAUGGCAUAGUUUAAUGGAAUGAACUUCGAAACGAGUGCAUGCGAAGAUAAUAAAAAAAAUAUUAAGUGAUGCUGAAGAGAAGAAGUACCAAAAUGGGUGUAAUGAUGCAAUUUACAUACUCGGCUUAUUGGAUUGGAUUUGUCCUUGUUGGAUUGUGUGGUGCGAAAGUAACACCAAAAAUCUCUUGUGAUGAUGAAAACAUGACAGUUGAGCUGUCAGGACCCAAUCUGCUCGAUGCUUAUCUUAAAGGACUGAAAAACUAUCCAGAACCAGCCUGUCUACCCCAUCGGACUGACAACCUUCUUCGUUUUCGUCUCUCUCUCGUAGACUUUUCUCGUUGUGGAACAUCCCAAAUUUUGAAUAAAAUAACGGGUUCCCUAACGUUCUACAAUCACAUCGUCGUAAUCGACAGGGAAGGAAAAGAUACCGAGAUUCUUGCCAAAUGCAAGAAGGAAGGAGAAAUGGCAACCCCUCCGGAAUUGGGGGACAAUUACUUGCUGACAAAUAAUGGGACGUUGCGACGAAGAAGGGACGUUUUACCAGCCGGAUUUGAAGAGCAGGAAGAUCCGGUUUACGGCUACCCAGUCCCGACAGGCUAUGGCCCUGAACCAAUUUUAUCCAUGGUUGUUAAACAGGAAGGACGCACUAUUGGUCACGAAUUACUGGUCCAACCUGGAGCACCUUUGACCAUGGAGGUCUCUCAUUUUGAAAAAUGUGUAAGGCAGCCUUGCAAGGGGGAGGAUGUUUACGGCAUCAUCGUGUCCAGAUUGGACGUCACUGACAAAGAAGACCAGUCCGAGGUUAUCCUAGUAAAUGGAUGCACCGUGGAUCCGUAUCUAUUCGAAAACUUUGUGACCUCCGAUGGCGACACUCUUUCUGCAAAGUUUAGAGCCUUCAAGUUUCCAGAUUCAAGCUACGUCUUGUUCCAAGGGACGGUUAACGUCUGUUUGGGAACUUGUCGACCUUCGCAGUGCAGUAACGGUCAGAUCGGUUAUGGUCGUCGGAGAAGGAGUUUGAUGAACAACAUGGCGUCGUCGUCGUCUUCGGAAGACAGCAACGGAGGAGUUUACGUCGUCCGAGUUAACACUUGGCUCCGAAUUGAGAACAGCGACUCGGGUUUGGACGAUGGGACGAUUCUCUACAGGACGAAGAGGCUCAAUCAAGACAGCUACAGACUGACGGGGGCAGAUGGCGACAUUUUGGCACUGAGGUCCACCAAUGGGGGAAGGAGCAGUGGGGGCAGUGCAAUCCUGACCUCGUCCCUUCUUGUCAUUGCCGUUCUGCGAAAGUGGAUUCUAAGCUGAUUUAUGCAACAAAAUUUAAAUAACCAAAGUUGAAUUAUUGAAGAGGAGUGUUUUUCGACCACGGGUUGCGUUGCUUCAUAAUAAAAAAUAGGUGUGAAUCCUCAAUCACUGCAGAAUUAACUAGUCGUCUAACUAAAACUAACAAAUUAAUAUUAAGCGAUAACUGUUAAGUUUUAAGAGGUAGGUUAUGCAUGAUGAAUGAAAAAUAUGGGUGUGAAAUGGAAGGUGGUUAACGUUAAAUAUGCAGAUGUUGUUUUAUAUGAAAUUGUUUAAUUGAAUGCUCGGGUUUGAUUUAAUCGUAUAGUAAUGUUUUUUUUACAUUUUGUCUUUUUGUACUGAACUGACUGGAAAUUUCCCAAUUCUCACCUUAACUACUCAUCAUGAUUCACUCAUAAUCUAUGUAACUUUUUUUUAAAUAAGCAGUAAAAUGUUUAUAUAAUAGUUUGCUAACUUUUUUAAUAGUUAAUAAUACACAACCGGUGAUAUCUCCACGUAUGUCUGCAUCAAAUCGCACACAUUGUUACUAGUUAUUGAUACACUUUUCACAAUGUUUUUUUUUCUCCUGUACUAAAAUGUCACGUAAUAAAUAAUUUUGUUAACAUA